AUACAAGACAUCUAGCUUUCUUGACCUUCAACAUGAAGUCACCAAUCUAUCUUCUCACUGCUCUCCUUCCCCUUACUCUGCCCCUAGUUAAUGCGACUCCAACCGCGGAGCCUGACGACCUUGAGGUUGAGGGAUCUGUUCUUGAAGAGCGGGAUAAUUGCAGAGUAGAGCGCCCAUUUCCCUACCGCAAGUACCCCUGCGACUCGAGUGACAUAACCGGUCGAUCCAAAAGAGGUGAAACUGUCAAUUUCCAAUGCAGAUACAGAAACUGGUACAAGACCCCCAAGGGAUGGGUGCAAGACCGCGACAAGCCUCGUAAUUGCCAAGGACCUCGUCCCAAUAGUUGCAGCUAGAGCUAUGCUGCUCUUCAGGUCACCGAAGUCUAGGGAGGAAGAUCGUCUGUAUUUGCUUGUGAGAGAAAAAUUGCAAAAUGGUGGAUGUGUGUUGGGGAGCUUCAUGUCAUUCUUUCACCAUGCCGUGGAUUUUUUCAUUUGAGUUAUUUUGAGAAUUACUGAACUUUUUGAUUUCUUAAUUUAUAAGAAGUUUA